AUGAUUUGUGCAACAUGUAAGGAUGUAGUAUGUAAUGAAUGUAUUCUUUUAGAUCAUAAUGGUCAUAAAUUUGGUCGUAUAGAUGUAGAGAAUUCAAAAGAAAUCUUUGAAGAAUUUAAAAAUAAUCACCUUCAAAAUUUAGAUAAACAAAUAGGUAUCAAUAAUGAGUUAUUAAAUAAAUCAAAUAAUUUAUUUAAAUCAAUAGAAGAUAAACAUACUGAAAAUGUAAAUACAAUCACAGAAGUAUUUAAAGAACUCUCCAAAAUAUUACCAAUCAUUGAAAUUGAUAAAAUCAAACAAUUAGUAACACUCUAUGAUGAAAAUAAAGAUAUCAAUACAAACAUUUCAACCAUUAUACAUGAUAAUUUAAAUAAUAUUAAUUUAAUUACAAAUAAAUAUAAAAAUACAAUAAAUCAUAUAAAUAUUGAUCAAAUCAUUAAUAAUAAUAAUAGUUAUCAACAUAUUGAAAUAUUAAAACAUUGUUGUCAAUCACGACUAUUAAUAAAAGAUAAUCAAAAUGAAAAUAAAAUCAAAGAAUUAAUAAAUCAAUAUAAAAAUGUAAAUAUUGUAAAUAAUAGUAAACAAGUUAAAGAAUCAAUUAAAGAAAUAUUUGAAAUUAGCAAUUCUCUCUCUAUUACAAAUGUAAAGGAUCCAAAAAGAGUUACUGCUGGAGGAAAAGAAUAUUUUAUUUAUAAAAAUGAUUCUAUCAUUCCAAAUGGUACUGUUCGUGUAGCGAUUGCACCAAGUGUUAAAACAAUUAAAAUAGGUUCAAUUCCAACAUCGGUUCAAUAUUUGAUAUUACUUGAUGGAUUCAAUGUUGAACUAACAGAAGGUAUGCUACCACAAUCAAUUAAAUCUCUAUUAGUUGGUGCAAUUAAAAAACCAUUAUUAAAAGGUUCAAUACCAAAUGGUGUUUUAUGUUUAUUUUUAUUAGAUGGAUUUAAUCAAGCAAUCAGUGAAAUACCACAAUCAGUUUAUCAAUUAUUACUUUUCGAUACUCUUUUAACAAAUUUCCCAUAUUCCAAAACCAUUUACAGAAACCCAAAAUAUAAACAAAAACUCACUCACUGUUCAAAUGUGAAUAAUUGGGAUGGUGGUGAUAAUCAAAAUGAAAAUAAAAUCAAUGAAUUAAUGAAUCAAUAUAAAAAUGUAAAUAUUGUAAAUAAUUGUGAACAAGUUAAAGAAUCAAUUAAAGAAAUAUUUGAAAUUACCUAUUCUCCCUAUAUUACAAAUGUAAAGGAUCCAAAAAGAGUUAUUUCUGGAGGAGCUGAAUAUUUUAUUUAUAAAGAGGAUUCUAUGGUUCUAAAUGGUACUACUCAUGUAGCGAUUGCACCAAGUACUAAAACAAUUAAAACAGGUUCAAUUCCAACAUCGGUUCAAGCUUUGCUAUUACUUGAUGGAUUCAAUGUUGAACUAACAGAAGGUAUGCUACCACAGUCAAUUAUCUCUAUUGGUUGGUGCAAUUAA